ACCGUAGCGCGGCACUUCGCUUGAGCGCGCCUCCUCCUCCACCCCUCCCCGCCUCUCUCCCGAGCGUGUGCCCGCCGGUGAGGGCGCGCGCGCGGGAGGGCGGGAGGUUGUGCUCGCCUGUGCUCUCUGACCCCAGCGGUAACUCCUAUUCACUGCACUCUGCCUCCUUCCGUGGGAGGCUGCUCCCUCUCCCUCUCUCUCUCUCUCCCCCCUCCGUCAGUGUCUCUCGCCCGCCUCCUCCGCUCUCCCUCCCGCCUGCUUUCUUUGCACAGAAGCCAGCCGAGGUCCCACCGGGUCGAAGGUUCUGCCCUACCUGCGCCGACCUCUGCCAAUUCCCCUACCCCCUCCCACUCCCCCUUGUCCCGGACCGCCGAGUUCUCGGCUGCCGCAUGGACCCUCGCCUCGCCGCCGCGUAGAGAGCGACCCCUCCGACCUGGCUUGACACGACGAAGACUGCAGAGUGCUGGGUCGGCCGCUGCUUCCGAGGGCGACGUACCCCGGCUUUUCUAAGCCGGCCCGAAGGAUGUUCGCUGUACGGACCGCUGCUGAAUCCCGGUGAACGCACGGCGUCUCAUGUCACAAACGGCGGAAGGAUGGCUCAUGGCAAAGUGACCAUCACGGUGGAUGAGUACAGCUCCAACCCGACACAGGCCUUUACGCAUUACAACAUCAACCAGAGCCGCUUCCAACCUCCACACGUCCACAUGGUGGACCCGAUCCCCUACGACACUCCCAAGCCAACCGGCCACACCAGAUUCGUGUGCGUAUCGGACACACACUCGCGUACAGACGGCAUCCAGAUGCCCUACGGGGAUGUGCUGCUCCACAUGGGGGACUUCACUGAGCUGGGCCUGCCCUCUGAGGUUAAGAAGUUCAACGACUGGCUAGGUGGCCUCCCUUAUGAAUUCAAGGUGGUGAUCGCCGGGAACCACGAGCUGACCUUCGACAAGGACUUUAUGGCCGAGCUGGUCAAGCAGGAUUACUACCGAUUCCCCUCGGUCUCCAAACUCAAACCGGAGGACUUUGAUAACGUCCAGUCGCUCCUCACAAACUGUGUCUACCUGCAAGACUCGGAUGUCACCAUAAAGGGAUUCCGGAUAUACGGCACGCCAUGGACUCCGUGGUUUAACGGCUGGGGCUUCAACCUGCCCCGGGGUCAGUCUCUGCUGGACAAAUGGAACCUGGUCCCGGAGGGCGUGGACAUCCUGAUGACCCACGGUCCUCCGCUGGGUUUCAGAGACUGGGUCCCUAAAGAGCUGCAGAGGGUUGGCUGUGUGGAGCUGCUCAACACGGUGCAGAAGAGGGUGCGACCCAAACUCCAUGCAUUUGGUGGAAUACAUGAAGGCUACGGCAUCAUGACGGACGGUUACACCACCUUCGUCAACGCCUCCACCUGCACCGUCAGCUUCCAGCCCACCAACCCCCCCAUCGUGUUCGACCUGCCCAACCCCUCCAGCUCCUGAGACCGGAGGACGUGGACGAAUAUUUGGGACGAACUUCAUUUUUUUUGUCUACAAAAAUGUCCAUGGAGGGGGGAAAAAAACAGGAUAAAAAAAGACAAUGUUUUUUUUUUGUUGAGUUUUUUGGGGUCUCUCCAAUGUGUUGAGAACAUUUGGAGACGUGGACUCGGGGUGACGCACACAUGUCAGGACUCAAGGAGAAUAUCGGUUUGUUUUUGUUCGCUUCCUUUUGCUGCACACAAUCAUGUUUUUUAUUUCAACUUUACGUAAAAUAAAUGUUUCAUCUCAGAAUCAA